UCCAACCCCCCCGCCCCCUCCGAGCUCCGGGUGUCCAACAUGACCUUCGGUCCGGGUCGGGCGGUGUCGGCUCGGCUGCAGUGGAGCGCGCCCAACGACCUGGACGUCCCCGUGCAUCACUACAAAGUGAGCUGGAGCUGGACGGCGUCCGGACAGCCGAGCGCUUCAUCGCUGACCAAGAGGAGGAAGACGGUCAGAGAGAGCCAGGUGGAGCUGGACAGCAUGCGGGCCAACAGGAGCUACAGCGUGGAGGUGCAGGCUGUUUCAUUCUGGGGUCAAACUCAGAUCAAAGGGCCCCGAGCCAUCCUGCACUUCAGCACGCAGCGAGCUUCCAGCACCGCCCCGAGACCCCCGACAGGAGACAUUUUGGACGUUGGGACGCCGUUUUUUCAGGACGGACAGCUCAGAGUUCAUGUUUACUGGCAGAGCAGCACAGAUCCUUCAGUUGAGUAUUACAGAGUCCAGUGGAAACCAGAGCACUGUGCACACAACCAGAGCAGAGCCCCGGAGAAGAUGAACACACAGGAGAGCUUUGUGAGCCUGCAGGAUCUCCUCUUCUCCUGCAAGUACAGAGUCCUCCUGCAGCCGCUCAGUAAGAAGACUCGACCCCCUGCAGAGAGCGCCGUCUUCUUCACUCCGUCCUGCGCCGCCAUCCAGGCCAAGAGCCCCAAACCAAUCACCUGUCACUCGGGGAAAGCUCCCCCUCAGAAGGUCCUGAUCAAACCGGCCAACCUGACGGCGGCCUUCGAGGUGCGAGGAGGAAACCUGACGGCCAUCUUUAGCUGGGAUUUGUCCCCGCCCCCUUCCUACCUGCAGCUGACGGGUUACCAGGUGACGUGGACGGAGGUCAUCCCCGCAAACCGACCCAACGACAACAAGCUGCCUCACAGCCUCAUCUCGCAGUCUCAGAUCCUGCCGCCGGACGCCAACGUUCUGGUGGUGUCCAGUUUGCAUCCUGACAGUGUGUACAGGCUGGACGUCCAGGUCAUCACUGCAGAGGGAGAAGGUCCGGCGACGUCCAGAACCUUUCAGACGCCUGGGAACCAAAGCACGCUGAGACACAGACCGAGGACGAGGAAGCUUCACCAAAACCUACCAAUCAUCGAGAGGCACUGAACCCAGACAGCCAAUCAGCAUGCACGAACCAUCUCUCCCAAACUCAGGACGACCAAGACACCACCGAACAACGAGCCUCUCGCCUCAAGUUUGCAAUGAUUUCAAUCCCUCCGCGCAAAAUCUGACUGCAGUUUGAUCCAUUUCUGUUCAGAACGUCGACUCGGGACAAACGAUCGAUUCACUGACCUCGACACGUGCAGCCAGCAGGUCCGAUUUAACUCACCCAAGCGGCCAAUCAUCGACCACCAUCUCAUUGAUUUACACUUUCAUCACAGCUGAUAUGACAUCAACAUUUCAUUCUGAGACCGCUCCUGAAGCAGCGGUAAAAAAGAUUAUGCAACUUGCACCUGAUAGAGAAGUUUAUCUUCCCUUUGACUCCCUGAGAAACAUCUCAGCUGUAGUUGUGUGUGAAACGUGUGCGUGCAUCAUGUUAGCGUGUAGAAACAGUAGAUUUACAGAGACGUGUUACCUGCAGGGCUGGGUAUGUGUGUUUUGUUUAAAUGUAGUUCACUUAAAAAAAAAAAAGCGAAUGACAAACCAAAAGCUGCUUCCUCUGAUGGACAAAAACAACUUCCACAUGUUUAAAAUGUCGUAUAAACUUUUACAACCUGUGAAAACAGAAUGCGAUGAUUUACAAAACAUAAAAACUCAGUUCAUUUAAUUUAGAUUUUCAUGAUUUAGAGAAUCGACCUGGUGCUAUGCAUGGUGGGAAACAGUACGUGAGGGAGACUGGUCUGAUGCAGACUGUAGAUUUUUCCAGAGUCAGUACAACAUCCUGGUAGUUUUGGAAAAAUGCAGAUCUUGCAUUUGUUCUCAUACUGCAUUUUGGACCAAUCAGGAAGAACAACUAUGAUACUAGGCGGUUUAGAAAUCAGCAUUUACUGAUUUUUGCAUUUCACCCCCUGGUGGACAUUAUGAAGAAUGCAGCUUUAAAGAACCGAGGCUACGUCCACUGUAUGACAGUUUAGGCUCCUGAUUAAAAAAACGUGAUGCCCAGCCCUUAACGUCUUGGAGUCCUUUAGAUGGAAAUGCAUGCAAAACAUCCAAAAUGUUAAAGUGUCAUUGAGUGUUACCUGCACUAUAUCUGUACAGUCGUGUAGUUUCCUGUUCUCUGUACAUUCUGUAUAAAAAGUUAGUCUGUAUUUAUUAUUUUGUGUGUAUCUGUAUGUGUGCUCGGCCUUUUGUAAACCUCUAGAGAUCCUGUACAAAGAUGUUUUAUAACUAAAGAUGAAUUCCUCUUCAACAUG